AUGCGAAUACUCCUAGCCGCGACCACCCUUGUGGUGCUAUGUGAUUUCGCGUCGGCACAUAUCACCCAAGCUCACCCAGGAAACGCAGCUGCGAACAGUGCCAGUAGUAGCCGAUUCUUACGCUCCUAUGAGUCAAUUCACGGCGCCGAGGAGAGAAGCAUCGGAAGCGUGCUGAAGCAGUUGACCGGUUUGGAGAAGAAAAUGAACGAUUUCCGCAAAAAGGACCUGAUGAGGGCGCUGGGCGACAAGAAGUUCCGAGUCGACUUGCUCAAGAGCUGGAGCGAGAAUCAAUACACCGUGGGGCAUGUCCAGGGUAAGCUGAAAGUGGAUCCAUUCCACCCGCGCUACAAACAGUUGCUGCUCGACUACAUGAACAUUUACAUCAAGAGCCCGGCAUCACCUGCAUCGCUGACUCGCAGGAAGAAAGCUGACGUCAAACCGGUGAAAAAAGUUCGCUUCGGAUAA